AUCAAAUAUCAAUAUGCAACGUCUAUAUCAUCAAUUUUUCGGUAGCCAACAAAAGAAGUUUCCCCUUAUAGCAUACAUUUCUUUGUUGGUGCAGUAAUUAAUUAAAUGGAGACACUACUAUGGAACUUGGAGGCCAAAUGGAAGCUCUCGACACAAAAAGUCGUCGCAGUAUUCGCGUGCACUUCUUUCCUAGUCGUCGGACUAUGCCUAUUCGGAGCUUUGAUCAUCCGUUGGAGAAAAUCCAGUACAAAACCAAGAGGGAGUGUUCUUAUUCACGAUCAAGAACUUCCAUGCAAGAACGCACCGAGCGGGGCCGGGUCCUGUGUGGGCCCGGCCCGAUGCUCGGUGGUGUCAGUGCUGACGAGGACGGUGCGGUGGAGCCCGCGUCGGGAGGAGAGAUUAGCGACGACUACGAUGGGGAGUCGGAGAGAAGCGCCGACGCCUCUGCUUGUGAAGAGGGAUGUUUGGCAUAGCCAUAAUUCGACUUCGGCCGUUUGGCAGAGGCCGAUUCUCAUGGGCGGAAAGUGCGAGCUGCCGAGGUUUAGUGGGCUUAUCUUGUAUGAUGGGAAGGGCACGCCGCUUCAUCAAUGUGAUCAACCAGGAAUUAUUACAACGACGAGAGAUCAACAGGAGAAGUCACAUCUAGUUCCCAGAACUACGCUGAGGGACUUGCUAUGAUCACCUCUACUUAUUAUUUUUGCCUCUGGAAUUUAAUUUUCUUAUGGCAUUUAAUUGAGUAGUUGAGAGUUUUAUUUUUAGCCCUAAAGUCUUGUAAAACUAUGUUGUUUUGAUUAGUUUAUAUUUUGGGGACUUCUGUAU